AUGGAAACGUUAGACAAACUCAUCCAAAUAUUAGGCCCUCUCAUCCAAACGUUAGACUCUCUCAUGCAAACGUUAUACCCAUUCAUCCAAAAGUUAGACCGACUAAUACAGACGUUAGAAGCUCUCAUUCAAACGUUAGUCCCUCUCAUCCAUACGUUAAGCCUUCUUAUCCAAACGUUAGACCUUUUCAUGCAAACGUUAGACCAACUUAUUCAAACGUUAGACAUACUCAUCCAAACGUCAGAUCUUCUCAUCCAAACGUUAGACCCUUUCCUGCGAACGUUAGACACUCUCAUCCAAACGUUAGACCCGCUCAUCCAAACGUUAGGCCCUCUCAUCCAAACAUUAGGACCUCUUAUGCAAACGUUAGACCCACUCAUUAAGACGAUAGAUCUUCUCAUCCAAACGUUUGGUGCUCUCAUCCAAACGCUAGACCCAGUCAUCAAAACGUUAGAUCCUCUCGUCCAUACGUUAGACCCCAUUCAUCCGAACGCUUGUCCAUCUCAUUCAAACGCUAGACCCACUCAUCCAAACUUUAGGCCCACUCAUUCUAGCGUUAGACCCUCUCAUCCAAAGGUUAAACCCUCUCAUGGAAACCUUAGACACACUCAUCCAAACGUUAGAUUUUCUCAUCUAAACGUUAGACCUUCUCAUUCAAACGUUAGACCCUCUCAUGCAAACGUUAGAUCCUCUCAUGCAAACGUUAGACUCACUCAUCCAAACGUUAGACCUUCUCUUCCAAACGUUAUACCCUCUCAUGCAAACGUUAGACCGACUAAUACAAACGUUAGUCCCUCUCAUCCGUACGUUAGGCCUUCUCAUCCAAACGAUAGACCGUCUCGUGCAAACGUUAGACCAAGUCAUCCAAACGUUAGACUCUCUCGUCCAUACGUUAGGCCUUCUCAUCCAAACGUUAGACCCUCUCAUUCAAACGUCAAACCCUCUCAUGCAAGCGUUAGACACUCUCAUCCAAACGUUUGA